GCUCGGCUGGAGUCCCGCGAAAUUUUUCCUCUCUUCGUCCCCCUCUACCCCUUCCAAACCUAAACCCUAGUUUCUUGUCAACAUGGUCGGAAGAGGGAAAGCCAUCGGCUCCGCCGCCUCCAAGAAGGCAACGUCUAGGAGCAGCAAGGCCGGUCUCCAGUUCCCCGUCGGCCGUAUCGCCCGCUUCCUCAAGGCCGGCAAGUACGCUGAGCGCGUCGGUGCCGGCGCUCCGGUGUACCUCGCCGCCGUCCUUGAGUACCUCGCCGCCGAGGUCUUGGAGCUGGCCGGGAACGCAGCGAGGGACAACAAGAAGACCAGGAUUGUCCCAAGGCACAUCCAGCUCGCGGUGAGGAACGAUGAGGAGCUAUCGAGGCUUUUGGGGAUGGUGACGAUCGCUAGCGGCGGUGUGAUGCCCAACAUCCACAAUCUAUUGCUCCCAAAGAAGACCGGCACCGGCUCUUCCAAGACCGUCGACGAUGAGAGCUAAAUACGUUUUAGUUUUCUUUCCCUUUUCUUCUCCUUUUUGGUGGUGGGUUGCUGUGAUGUAUUAUAGGGGGAUUUCGCGGUGUAGCGUCAGUUAGAUAGAUUAGAUUGUAAUGUGGACCCGGGAAGCGUCAUCUUAACCUUUUUUUUUAAUGAUUAUUUGUCACUUGCUUUCUAGAAUUAUAGCAUUGAAAUCUUUAAUCCGUUAUGAUUUAAUGGGAGACUUGUUAUGAAAAA